AUGUCAUCUGAAUUAAAGUUUGGUUCGGCUGAUGAAGAAAUUCGGUACUGGAAAGAUGAGGCCAAAAAAUUUCAAGAAAGGUUUUACAAAGCUGCAUCUGAAGAGCUGAGUGAUUUUCAGAUGAGUAGUCGAGAUUUAGAAGCUGAAUUAGAUUCCCAGCUUGCACAAUCUGAAGCAAAGGUUAAAGAACUGAAAGCGAAUUACUCAAGAUCCCAGAUUGAAUUGGAAACCAUUAGGGAGAAAUAUGAAACCCUACAAAGAACGAGCCAUCAUCAGAUCCAGGACCUCGAGACGAAAUUAAACAAGUUAGAGACGUAUAGAGACGAGCUGCAGAAAUAUAUAAGGGAGCUGGAGCAGGCUAAUGAUGACCUAGAGAGGAACAAGAGGGCCACGAUGGUCAGUCUGGAAGAUUUCGAGACGAGACUGAACCAGGCUAUCGAGAGAAAUGUGCUGCUGGAGAGUGAGUUGGAUGAGAAGAAUAAUCUCUUCAUCGAUAGUGUGCAGAGAUUGAAAGAUGAGGCCAGAGAUUUAAGACAAGAAUUGGCAGUGAGAGAGAAAAAGGAAAAAGAUUCAUUUCAUCAUCAGCAGCAGCACCACCACAACAACAUCAACCUCAACUCACCAACUACAUCAACAUCAAAAGACUUAUCGAAGGUUACUGCAAGCAACGCUGCCGUUGCUACCACCACUACCACUGCUGCUACUGCUACUACUAAGCCACCAACAACAUCCACUGUUACUACACCAAAUGCUGCUUGUGAUGAAACAGAAAUGCAGCAGCAGAAGCAACCACAGCAGCAGCAAAAUGUUGAGGCAGUGUCGACACCUCCAUCGUUUGGACACCAGAGUAUGAAAUUCAGUUUGAAUGCUUCAAGUUUAUCAUCGAAUCAAAGAGUUGAAGAGAGGAAGUUAGCUAAGGAUGUCAGCCAACCAAUAAGCUAUUUGAAAUUUCAUAAAGGAAUGAAAGAAUCAGACAAGAAAGCACUGCAGCUUAACCUGGUCUGUGACAUACUCAGCAGGAUUGGAUCAAUGGAAUCGAAGUUGCUGUCGUGCCAACCACAGCAGCAGCAGCAUAAGCAAGAAAACAGUGUGAAAACACCAAACAGCCAGUCACAGGCCAUGGUUCAAAUUACGGUCUAAACGAUGAACCAAUCAGAAAGCUUUUUCUAUAGCAUUAUAUAUGUAUGAUUACUAUAUAUAUAUAUUUGUAUUCAUGUGCAAGUGUAAAAAUUUUCAUAUAGAUUUUGUUACAUUUAUUUGUAAAAUGUAUUUUCACUGUUUGUAUGACCAUGUUAACUAUUUUUAACGUAGUAUGCAUUACAUAAUAAAUAAUGAACAAUGAUGAUGAGUUUAUUAUCGACCUGACCUGAUGAUAAUAUGGUGAUAACAUUUGAUUGAUAGAGGGUUGCUUGAUGAUGAAAACUUUAAUCAGUCACUCUUAGGCUGUGAUAAGAGUUAAUUAUUAUCAUCAUUACGAUUUCAGUUUUAUCAUUAUUAAUAUUAUCAUUUAUUAUCAGUUAUUAUUAUCAUUGAUUAAUAUCAUUUAUUAUUACUACAUCUGACGCUAAUACAAUUAACAGUGCUAUUGAAUUUUUGGCAAAAAUGGUGAUGGAUAACAUUAGAUCUGAAUAUUAUCUUUGAGAACAUCUGCUGUACAUGUAUAUGUGUGUACGAAUGAAUGUAUGUAUCUGCUUGUAUGUAUAUAUGUAUGUAUAUAUAUGGUGUGUGUGUAUGUACGUUUAUAAAUGUAUAUACUUGUAUAUGUUGAUGCCUCGUUCUAAUGAAAUAUAAACACAUGAAAUCGCAUACAUACACGCACACACAAAUACAUACAUACACACACAUAAGUACAUACACGCACAUACACAAACACACACACAUAAGUACACGCACAAACAUACACAAAUUGAUAAAUAUGCAUACAUUAUUUUUCUUCAUUCAAGUAAAAUUGCUUUUCUGCAUCAAUUAAAAGUUGUAUUGUACAGACAUCAUCCCACUUAUUUGUACAAACAUCAUUCUACUUAUUAUUUUUUUUACUAAAAAGCAAGCUUUGUUUUCACUUAGUCAAUUGUUUUUAUUCUAAUACAAUGAAAUGCUCCAUUUACUAAUAUUGUAUCAGUGAUUAAAAAAUUUUAUACACAGGAGAAAUAAUAUUAAAAAAAAAUAUAUUUAAGUUUGGUUUAUUUACUUUAUGAAGUUCUAUUUUGAAAUAUAAACAAAACAAUUGAAUGUUAUGAUAUCUGCAGAUAAAAUUAAACAAUAAUUAAAUGAAU